UUUUUUUUUAGCAAAAAGAAAACCGCAAAAGCAUGAAAAAAAAAAAAGCCGAUAUAUGGACACUCUGCUUUACGAUCCUUGGCGUUAAUAUUCUGGGGGCUCGCAGUGCUGAUCAGUGGUGCUAAUCACUGUUUUUUAGUCUCUGUGAAAACCGAUUGCCAGCCCAGAUUUAAUCAUGAUUUAAAAACGCGUCAGGGGGGGCUAUGUAGCACUGAAUAACCACUGAAUACCAGUAUUAUGUUCUCCUUGUACCUGUGGCUAAGAACUUGUCAUGGGGGAGGGGGCGGCGAUGGUAAGCUCUAGACGUACCACCGUUAUGUCCCGCAUUUACAUACACUGAUAGCCUAACUUUGCAUACCGUAGGAGGAUAUAAAAAUAACUUAUUUCUGCAUGAGACACGGGCUGCGAUGCUGAACUGAAAGCCACAUCGUGUACUUCCAAUACCUUGCGUUUUGUGUACCUAUACCUAUUUUCCUGACGAGGAUGAUAAUCCGCAGUUUGACUGUCAGAUACCGACUGAUGUUAGACUUAUCGCACAAAGUCGAUCACGUGCCCCUGAAACGCGUCAUGCGCGUUACAUUGGAAGAGCCUUUGUUGCCAUGACGAUGCUGUACAUCAGGCGGCUGGCCCUUUCCAGUUCUCUCGUCAGGCUCAGAAGCAGGAGAGCCUGCUUGAGACCCGUGUCACAAAUCAGAGUAUGGAGCAGAAGAUGCUGCUGCGUCCACUCUGACGCUGAUCCUGGUUGCUAUGGUGACACUGCAGCGGGACCCAGAGCCCGCUAGGGGAGUGGCCUGUCAGACCUGAGGUUGGAGGUGUGGCCUAGGGCCCUCCAGGACGUACAUCCGCACAGGUGAGGCCGUGUGUCCAUCUUACCAGCCGCUAGGGGUGUAAAAGGAGGCCUGGGAUUUUGGUUAGUGAUUCUCAAGGCAUCGUGAGUUAGGAUUCUCUUUCAAAUGCCAAGGAAACUCCAUACAGUACAACUCUGCGGUGAGCAAUAGAAUGUCUUACAAAAUCCAGAGGAUCACAGUACCUUAUUCUGCGAAGUAUUCCUGUUCAUACGACCACUACAGGCCCAUGUUAAAAGACAGCCUGCAAUUCAUCCGUCUGUCCACCAGGUGUCUCCCUGCCGCAUGUUACUGACACGUUAAUUACACAGUCAAGGGACAGAAUCAUGGUGGUCAGACAUUCGGUACAAGUCUGAAUGACUUUAAUCACUACGAGUUAAUACACUUAUACAAAGCGGAAUCAUAUAUGGUUUGUUGAAGAAAAGCAAGCGGAUCAAAAAAAAGCAAAAAUAUUACAUUAAUACACGAGUCAUGUUCUGAUGAGUGUCGGCCGGCGAUGUUAUUCACGUCUAAUGAAUAUUCCAAAAACUAACAUGAUUAUGACUUAAGUGUUUUUUUUCAUCGGUUUACGUCUUCAAUGGCCUCUGGUGUUCCCACCAAAAAUCGCUGCUAAAUCGAGUAGUCAGUCCAUCGUAAAAAAAAAAACAAAAAAAAGAAAAAUCGACUUGUAACACAAGUUCGUCAACAGGUGGCGACACUUCCAUUUAUCUUCACACAGCGUUGGAAGCAAUUUAAUCUAGCUUUACGUAUUUUUAUCAAUUACCACUGAGAUGUUGGCACAGCAAUGUUAAACGUGAAUUCCCUUUGAUCGGUAGGUAAGUGUACAGUCCGAUAGGUGAGCAUCGGGGGGGUGGGGGGAUGAGGCAGAGAUGUUAAGCUGAAAGCAGAUUAGAGGGACUCGUAGUUGCACGUCCUACUGCACCCUCCACACGCAUCAUUUCGGACCGGCGCUUCACUCGCAUCCACCCAUCAUCUCUCCGGCUGCACAACCUCGAUCUGGGACUUUCGGCGUCAGAGGCUGUUGUGAUUGGUUGAAAAUGAAGACCUGACAUCUUUAUUCGCCAUGUCAUCACUGAGCGGUUUGGGCGUCCUGAACCAGAAGCCUGCAUUGAGCUAGAUGGAGCCGGCGGAGAGAAGCAGGUCUCCGUCCCGCAGGACCAGCCGUGUGGAGCAGGUGGUUGGCCGAUGGCUCCGGCGUAGCCGGGAAUCUGGCAGCAGGGAGCGGAUUCUGGGCGAUGGCGCGUCUGGGGAUCCCGCCAACGCGGACCUGAGGAGCCGCCCCAUCCGUGUGAUGCUGCAGGUCGCACGAGACCCUGCGCUGGGCUCGCAUGGAUUCAGCCUGUCCACGCAGAUGCCACUGCUGGUGCAGGAGGUCACGGCAGGGGGACCAGCAGAGGGGAUGCUUGUUCCUGGCGACCAGGUGCUGCGGAUCAACGACAUCUCCACGGAGGACCUGUCUGCAGUGCAGGCUGCUGACAUCCUCAGGGAGUCACGUGCGGCAGUAACCGUGACGAUCCUCCGCCACACCUUGGGACCGAAGUCGUCCUUCAUCACGGAGGAGAAGAGGGCGCGUUUGAAGACCAACCCAGUGAAGGUGCACUUCGCGGAGGAAGUGGUGGUCAACGGACACUGUCAGGGAAACUCGCUGCUCUUCCUGCCAAACGUGCUGAAGGUGUACUUGGAGAAUGGCCAGACCAAGGCCUUCAAGUUUGACACUAAAACCACUGUGAAGGACAUAGUGCUGACCCUGAAGGAGAAGCUGUCCAUUCUCUGCAUUGAGUACUUCACCUUGGUGCUGGAGCAGCAGUACAGCGUCACCAAGCUGCUUUUGUUGCACGACGAUGAGCUUGUCGAGCAGGUGGUGCAAAAGAGGGAGGCCCAUGACUACCGCUGCAUGUUCCGGGUCUGCUUCACGCCCAGGGACCCCCUGGAUGUCCUGCAGGAGGACCCCGUGGCCUUCGAGUACCUCUACCUGCAGAGCGUCGCUGACGUGCUGCAGGAGCGCUUCGCCGUGGAGAUGAAAUGCAGCAUGGCCCUGCGGCUGGCGGCGCUGCACGUGCGGGAGAGGCUGCUCAGCUGCGGGCAGACGCAGAAGGCGUCGCUGAAGAGUGUCACCAAGAGCUGGGGCAUCGAGAACCUCGUCUCUCCGACUCUGCUGAAGAACAUGAAGGAGAAGGACCUACUGAAGGCCUUGAGCUACAACCUGAAGAAGAGCCAGGCUCAGGAACCCAGGCAUAAGGUGACGUCGGUGACUGAGGCGCGGUUGAGCUACCUGAGGGAGCUGGCGGAGCUCAAGUGCUUCGGGGCGAAAUCCUUCACAGCCACCAUGAUGCUGCAGGACAGGGAUUCCACGGUGACCCUGCUGGUGGGGGCUAAGUAUGGAAUUAGCCAGGUGAUCAACCACAAGCACAGCAUCAUGACCAGGCUGAGCGAGUUUGGCAGCAUCAGCCGCCUGGAGCUGUUGCCCGAGUCCGACAAGGUCAGCCUGGUAAAGAUCUACCUGCAGGAGAUCAAGUCUGGUAUGCAAUGGCUUCUGUUCGGUCUUGAGCCCAUUACCCUCAUGCUGGAGUGCCAGGCUGCCAAAGACCUGUCCUGCCUGGUGGCGGGGUACUGCAAGCUGCUCGUAGACCCAACGCUGACCGUGUUCCCCUGGACAGAGCAGGCGAAGGAGCAUCGCAUUUCGGCUGAGGAAGGGUACGUGUCCCGGGGCUGCAGUGACUCGGAAGAGUCUUCUGAGCUGGACAACUUCAUCUCUCUGGUCAGCCCCCACCUCUCCACUGGGUCGGCUGCCACAUGCGUGUCGGCAGGGGAGAAGCAGAGGAAGAGGAAGAUGGGAAGGGGAGGAGGAGAGGAGGUGGGGGCAGAAGAGGAAGGCGAGAGGGGGGUAGCCGAGAGCGGAGAAGCAGAGGGGCAGAAGGGCGAUGGAGACACUGGUGAGGAGGGGGCAUCCGAGGUCGGCGACUCCUGCUGCACCGAGUCGCGGUUCGUCAGCAGUUGCUCUAGCGACUCCCUGGAUGCCCUAGAAGAAGAUGACUUCAUCACCUGUUCCUCCAGCCACCCCAUAGACCUGGAAGCUUCCUACCCCUACUCGUCAAGCCCACCUGCACAACACGAUCCAGGUGGGGGUCAGGAAGCUGCUGGCUGCACCACCGACUCGCACCUGGCUGACGGCUGUAACAUCGCCGACCCAACAUUGCGCUUCGCUGAGCUCUCCCGCAUGGCUCAGUGGCUCCCCAGCCCCCCGGAAGCAAGUGAGGAAGAGGAGUGCAUGUUCACCUUCGAGGAGAAAGACGCCCGUCCCUAUUAUAACAUCUGCUGCAACGUCACCCCCGACAGUGCCUGCAGCUUGCCCAAACCAGUGCGUGAGCACCCCCUGGAGGGGGGACAGUACAUGCCUCUGAACCCGGAGCCCCUGCCCAUCUUUCACCCACCGCCUGGCUUUGAAGACAGCAGCUCGGAGGAAGAAUUUUUUGAUGCACGUGACAGAUUAAGUUCACCCGAGUUUACCUACGGCAGAGAGCCGACCACAGAUGGAAAAUCAAGAAUGUCAAGUCUGACUAAUGUUGGCUUUGCCGUGGCAGAACCGCUGAUGAAUAAGGAACGAGAGAUGGUUUCGAGGCUCGGGAAGAAAUCCCGCAAGCGUCGCUCCUUCGUGGCUUCCGAGUACACCUCCCAGGUGUCCUUCCCCAGUCAUGAUAGGGAUUCCAGAGAUGAGGACAUGGCUUGUUGUUUCGACACCAAACCGCCGACCGAAAAUUUCGGCCUCACCUUCUCCUCCUUGACCAGUGAGGAGGGAGAUUCUGCCCAGUUGGAGUCCAAACCCAUCCCUGUCUCUGCCUCCUGGGGCAGCUAUAGUCAAGAGAAAGUGUCCAAGAACAAGCAACUGUCCUCAAGCCUAUUAGAGAUGGAGCCAGAUACCAUGGAGUUCAAGUCGGUGACAGAGCUAAUCGCGGCAGCUUCCCCCGUCAUCCUGGCAGUGCGCUGCCGUCUCGGGCCGGAGGGCAAAGAGAGUUGCAAGCAGCCUGAGAUUGGGGACUGUGCCACGAACCAUUAUGAUGCACCUUUCCCACAUCACAGGUUCCUCUUGGAGAAAGAUGGGGAAGCCAACCACUGUAAGGACUCAUCAAGCAUCUCUACAACAGUCAAAGGCAGGACAGAAGAAAAUGGCAUCACCACCGUCACCGGAGAAGCACAGGCGCAAAAAACAGAUCCACUUUCUCACCUGAGCAAAGGAAGAGAGAUCCUGCAGCUAAGUCCAGUAUCUGAGGUUCCUCUAGUCCAGUUACUGUGCCCUGUACCUUCACUACACACAGAAACAUCAACGUUUCACAUGCCUAUUGUUGAAGAUGUGGAGGAGUCUAGUAAUGACGACCUUGAUGCAGACGCUCACUUCACCGCACAGGAUCACAGUGGAAGCCUGGCUCUAGCCAUUCAGACAAGUUUCUCUCACAGCUUUGAGAGUCUUCUGGAUAUAACAACUGAGGAGGCUGUUGGUUCCACUUCCAGUGCUCUCAAGGAAACUGGAGUCAUUCCCCUGGAGCCAGGUGCUUUCAAUCUUCACGGCUGCACCACAGGGUUAGUCAGCCGUUUGUCCACUACUACUCUGCGGGGUAAGAUCCAGAUGCUGCCAUGGCUCCUGUCGAGGUCCCAAGAGGCUCCCGGCCACAACGCCGCAGAGGUAGAGGCUGUUGGGCUGGAGGGAGUUACAGGCUUGGAAUACACAGAUGGAGAAUCGGAUGACACCAUAGUUACAGAGCUGGUGAACUGCAUCAGAGUCAGUCCAGAUCAUUUGGAUGACUGGAAUUCAGACUUGUGCUUUUCAAAAAGAGAAGCUCCACUCUUUCACUGUACGGAAACUACAGUGCCGUCAGGAGAUCAGUCACCUGGGAAAGUACCAGCUCAGGACACUGACCCAACCCCUGAGGUUACUGAGCGAUGUGACUCCGUGGGACCCGAGUCGUAUGUCCGUUCCUGCCCCCAGGAUAAGGAUGCUUUGGAUUGCAGUCCAGCAUCUGUGUUGGGGUGUCCCUCCAUGCUGGAGGAGCACCAGGCGCAAGUGGCUUGUGGCUGCCAAGCCAUCUACACCAAUUGCUUCAACAGUAUGCUGGACAAGAACAGAUUUGACGGGGACUUGACGGUUUACGAGUUCUCUCGUCGAACACAAGGGAUGGAAGGAGCGCCCCUAAUAGACACCCCACCGUUCUCGUGGUCAGCUCCUCCACCUCCCAUGGAUCUGAAUCCCUUGUCGGCUCCACUGGAGGACAUCCUUAACCAGUUGCGAAACCGCCGUUACCGGACCCCUGAUGGGUUCUCCUCAUUGCAGCAGGACUUGGUUGUGCUAUUGACCCUACUGAAGGAGGCACAACUAGAUCGAGGGCACCAUCACCAGGAGACAUGCGCGCUGCACUUUUCUGAGGACAAACGGCUGCUCCGCGCCGAGGCGCGCAAGCUGAUGUCGCUGUGCCAGCGGGUCAUCCGGGUGGGCCAGACGCCCGAGGAGAUGCUGCUGGCCUUGGCGGAGAGCUUCCGUACCCUCGUGCAGCUGGCCAGCGUCUGCCUCUGGUUCUCCAGCUGCGGCUUGUGCCAGAGGCGCCACGCCGAGGUCCUGCGCAGCCUGACGGACAUCACCGGGACUUACGAGGAGUUCUCCCAGCUAGCGGAGCGGGCCAGCGGCCGGAAGAGCUGCCAUGACAUCGUCAUCAAGCUUUUAGCGCGGCAGUGCACCACGCUCACCGCCUCCAUCUUCUGCCUCACCCAGCUCUUCCGCACCCUCGCAGACCUUUGACCUGACCUCCAAUCGGAACUCGGGAUGUUCACCUGUGACGUCCAGAGGUGCCUGGCACAGUGAGGCCGGCCUGGGGAUUUGCGGUCGAUGGCGUCUGUGAGCAGUGCUUACAAGUAGCUAUACAAAUGCUACCACAUCCACUCAGGACAUGUGACUGAUUCCAGGGACCACACCUAGCAGGUCUGAGUGCAUUGUUGCUAGAUUUAAAGCGGGUAUGCUUGAGAUUUCCAUGUAUAUAUGUCUGUGCGUACCAUAUAGCUCCUGUAUUUAUAUAAUUUAUUUCCCACGUUAUUUGCUUGUUUUCUUAAGUCAAAACAUGGAUAGUUUCUAAAACCUAGGAAUCGUAUGGAGUCUGUGAUAUAGUCUGGCUUUCAACGAGAUCAGCGUUGGCCCGUUUCUGCAUCACAAUACCUCCAGAUCGAGCCAUCCAUGCUGUCCAUGCGUGGAAUCCGAUCCCUAGAAUGCUAAUGCAGAUAAAGAAUAGUACCACUAACCUAAGCCUAUUUAUUGGAAGAAAAGGAAUUUUAUUGUCGCGGCCCAAAGCUGUAUGUAAUGGUACGUUCUGUGCAAGACAGACACUUUAAUGUGGUUAGUAAAUCGACACAGCAGUUCCUCGGUCGUCGAUCGGGGGAGUUACAGGCAUGACGUGAAUGUAUUCCUCUUUGAAAUGAGUGACUGACACCAAAAUAUAUUCAGGUACUGUGGCCGUACGUCUCAUUAUCAGAAUGAUUUUUUUUUGUCAUUAACCCAACUUUGCAAAUUGGAAAAAAAAAGCGCAAGAAACUGAUGCACAGUAGCGUCAGCUUUCACAUUAUUUGUGUUGCCUUAACCUGUUAAUUUUUACUUGAAUGCAUAAUUAAAUGCAUACUACAAAAUCGGCGACACGGCACAACGGGACACAAAGCUGACCUCAUGAAGAACGGAGGAAAACUGUCACUUUGACAGCGAUGUAAAUGGGGUGCGUGUGAGGGCGAUGACAGGGGUCCUGGUGUCAGCUGUGCUUAGGAAGUAUGGAAUGUACAAGGAUGAGGGGGUGCUGGAGUGGACUGAAAUCGCAGUAAGCGACGACUCCGGUGACACUACAAUGGUACCUUCCAAAACAAAACCUUUCCUCCCCUGCUAAGUCGAAUGGUAGUGUCUGUCCAGGCCUAAUUAAUCCAACCUGAAUUGUGUGAAGGCACAGCACGGACGAUUUUGAGUCCUGUAGGGUGCUACACACGAUGAUGGGAUGCAUGAUGAACUUGCACUAGAGAGUUGUGCCUUGAGCAUUUGUUUUCACAGUAUAAAAGCACAAGAUGUUGCCACGCGGUUGAUCUGAUGGUGCUUUUCUCGUAGUAGUUCGGGUGCACAGAUCUGCCUCAAGCUGCCAGCUGAAUUCCCUGCAUGUACGAAUCCACGUUAAGGUGUUCAACCUCGACGCUGUGUUAGUCCCACUCAGAACCCUCCCUGGGCUAAAAUGAGCCAAUGGAAUCCUACUCCUUAGCCAACACUUGGGCUUGUUUUAUAAAGCAUUUUUUUGUUCAGGGUGGGCUAAAUGAAAUUGCUGAGUGUAACCUGAGCGGUGAUGAAAGGCUGUUUGUUUUAGCUGAACACACAAUGCCACAGAGAGAGGAAUGGAGGUCUGAAACACUCAAGCUAAAGAAGAGUGUGGUUAUAUGUAGGAUGUCGGUGGGCUCUCCAGUGACCCCUGCUCGGUACUGAAAAUUAACACUGCAAUGUGAAAUUACAAAUAAAUUAAAAUUUCCAAUACGAACAAUGUAAUAACUGAUAAUCUUAAAGCAUUUGCAUAUUUUAUACCCACACAAAAGUUCUCUCAAAAAAAAUAAAUAAAAUGAACCCCACAUUAUUUACAGUCACAGAGUGCUCAACCUCUGUUGUAAUGCAGUAUAUUGCUUUUAUUUGACCACGAAUAAUGCCUGUAACAUAUUUUGCCCAUUUUGAGUAAAACCUUUAAUCUCAUUCCACAAGGCAACAACAGAAAGUCUCAUUUCUUAAGAAAAUGUAUCCAUUACAAAAAAAUAAAAAAUAAAAAUUCAAAA